GCCGCUUCCCCGCCUCGAGCGGCACCGGGAACGCCGAAAAUCCCCCGCAAAUCCGCGCGGGGCCGCGAGGGUUAAAGGGGCGGGGUCUCGGGGCGUGGCGCGCGUUAAGAUGGCGGCGGCCGGCUCGGCGGCGCCGGUACCCGGAUGAGGCGGAGGGACGCCAUUGGUCGGCGGCGUUGGCCCCGCCCCUUUCUUUGUACGGUGUCAUGGCGGCGCCCUCUCGGCCGGGCCGGCGCGGGGCGGCGCUUCCGGUCCUGCGCGUUGGGCGCUCGCGGCCGCUCGGUGGCGGCGGCGCCAGAGGAGCCGCGCGGGCCCGGUCCCUCCCCAGCCCCCAUGGCCGCCCCCCCGCAGCCAAUCAUCGUCCUGGAUGACGAGGAGGAGGAGGAGGAGGAGCCUCCGCGAGGCCCCGCCCCCAGCCCCGCCCCUCCCCCACCGCCGGGGGGGAACCCCCAGAACGGGGCCGGGGGGGGGAGGGGCGGGGCCUUCUGGGAGGAGAACGAGCGGCUGUUCCAGGAGUUCCUGUCCCUGUGCGCUCCGCUGACCCGGGACCACCCCGAGGUGCUGCCCUUCCUCUCCUCGCGCCACCUCCGCGCCCGCCCCGACUUCCGCGGCUCGGCCGAGUUCCGGAACAUUCUGGGCCGGCUGCUGCGGCGCGUGCGGGGCCGGCGCCGCAAGGUUUACGUCUACAUCAACGAGCUCUGCACCGAGCUGAAGGCGCGGGCGCUGCGGCGCCGCCUCCCGCUGCGGGAACCCCGCGACGGCCGCACGCAACGCCGGGAGAACCACCCGGAACACCGGGAGAACCAUCCGGAACACCGGGAGAACCAUCCGGAACACCGGGAGAACCAUCCGGAACACCGGGAGAACCACCCGGAAUUCCAACAGAACCGCCCGGAAUUCCAACAGAACCACCCAGAAUUCCAACAGAACCAUCCGGAAUUCCAACAGAACCGCCCGGAAUUCCAACAGAACCAUCCAGAAUUCCGGGAGAAUCACGGAGAGCCCCAGUGUUCCCCUGGAGAGUCCCAGUAUCCCCACGGAGCGUCCCAGUAUCGCCCCAGUUCAUCCCAGUAUCCCGACGGCUCGUCCCAGUAUCCUGACGGAGCAGCCCAGUGUCCCGAUGGCUCAUCCCAGUUUCCUCCCAGUUCAUCCCAGUUUCCUCCCAGUUCAUCCCAGUUUCCCGACGGAAGCUCCCGGUCCCACGACGGCGCCGGGCCGGAGCAGGACUCGGGGCAGCCGUCCCAGUGUGCCACCAGUUCAAACCAGUAUCCCCCCAGCUCAUCCCAGUAUCCCCCCAGUUCAUCCCAGUAUCCUCCCAGUUCAUCCCAGUAUCCCCCCAGUUCAUCCCAGUAUCCCCCCAGUUCAUCCCAGUAUCCCUCUGGGGACUCAUCCCAGCAGCCCACCAGUUCAUCCCAGUAUCCCGAGGGCUCCUCCCAGUGCCCCUCGGCUUCUCCUCCGCGCUCCGGGGGCUCUUCCCAGUAUCCCAACGAUCCCAGUGCCCCAUCCCAGUAUCCCAGUGCCCCAUCCCAGUAUCCCAGUGCCCCAUCCCAGUAUCCCAACGCUUCAUCCCAGUAUCCCAGUGCCCCAUCCCAGUAUCCCAGUGCCCCAUCCCAGUAUCCCAGUGCCCCAUCCCAGUAUCCCAGUGCCCCAUCCCAGUAUCCCAACGCUUCAUCCCAGUAUCCCAGUGCUCCAUCCCAGUAUCCCAACGAUCCCAGUGCCCCAUCCCAGUAUCCCAAGGCUUCAUCCCAGCAUCCCAAGGUUCCAUCCCAGUAUCCGAACGCUUCAUCCCAGCAUCCCAAGGCUCCGUCCCAGUAUCCCAGCGCCCCCUCCCAGUAUCCCAGCGCCCCCUCCCAGUAUCCCAGCGCCUCCUCCCGCCCCUCCUCCCCCUCCUCCCGCCGCCCCCUCCCCUCUCCCCAGGAGCCCUCUGGUUCUCCGCCGGCGGCUCCGGGCGGUUCCCGGCGGCAGAUCCGGCACCUGGAGCACCUGCUGCGGGUGUACGCGGCCGAGAUCCGGCGGCUGCAGGAGCGGGAGCUGGACCUGGCCGAGCUGGACAGCGCCGACUCCCCGUACCUGCAGGAGAACCGGCUGAAGCGGCGCAUGAUGCGCAUCUUCCGCCGCCUCUGCCAGCUCAAGCGCUGCUCCAGCCUGACGGGGCGCGUGCUGGAGCAGCGCAUCCGCUUCCGCGGCACGCGCUACCCCGAGGUCAACCGCGGCAUCGAGCGCUUCAUCAACCGGCCCGACGCCUUCCCCGACUACUCCGACAUCCUGCGCGAGAUCCGCGGCGCCAGCGCGCGCCACGGGCUGGGGCUGGGCCGGCGGCAGAUGGAGAACAUGGCCCAGGAGGCCUUCAGGGAGGUGGGGAACCGGCUCCAGGAGAGGAGGCACCUGGACCUGGUCUACAACUUCGGGAGUCACCUCACGGAUCAGUACCGGCCUGGGACGGACCCGGCGCUGUCGGAUCCCGAGCUGGCGCAGCGGCUGCGGCGGAACCGGCGCCUGGCCCUGGCCCGGCUGGACGACGUCAUCGCCCGCUUCGCGCAGCGGCAGGAACGCAGCCAGGAGAUGGAGGAGAGCGGCAGGAAACGGGAACGGAGGAGAGCGGCCGGGAACAAGAGGAAGAAAGAGGAAGAGGAGGAGGAGGAAGAGGAUGAGGAGGAAGAGGACGAGGAGGAGGAUGAAGAAGACGAGGAGGAGGAGGAGGAAGAAGAAGAGGAAGAGGAAGGAGAAUCCUCCGAGGCCGAAGGGCGGGUGAAGGUGAAGGAGGAAGAGGAGACGGAGGAGGAAGAGGAGGAGGAAGAGGAGGAAGCCGAGGAAGGAAGAGAAGCCACGGCGCGCAGGCUCCACCUCCCUCAAUGGGGGAGGGGCCGAGACCCCCCCGGGACCCCCCCAGCAAACGGAGCCGGAGCGAGAGAGGAGGGGGAGGGGGCAGCCUGA